GUAUCAGAGCCAGCUGAGAGAAAAAUGACGCUUUAUCUUCUUCGUUCACUGUUCAUAUAUGUCUUCAAGUUCGCCUUAAGCUCUUCUAAAGAGAUGGCUUUGGACUCCUCCCUUUGCCCAGUGAAUUCGAGCACAAAACAUGACUGUGUGAACACCACCUGGAAUCCUAAAAAUUGCACAGUUUGGAACGGACCGGGAACGUUAUGCGUGAACCGCACCUUAAACCCAAUGCUCUGCAAAAAGGGGCCGCCAUUGAAACCUAUAUCAGAGCCGAUAAAUGACUCAGGUGAAUCGUUUGGUGAAAAGCGAGGUCCUCCUUAUCCGUUCCCCGCUUCACAGAAUACUCUUUACCUUGUGGGUUACUCCAGGCCUCUCAACAAGUCAGAGUACUCAUGUGUAGCGUCUAAAUACGAUACAAUUGGGGGAGGAUUUAUCCACCGCACUUUGCUUCUGAAAAGGGCACCGACACCAGCACAGUUCUGGGACACGAAAAUACCCCUUCAGAUACAAGCUACUAUGUGCUAUAUGACAAUGAAUUUGAGUUUUUCCUGCCCGCUGAGAAAGAUUGGUGCAAAGCAACAGUAUCUGAUGUUUCGUCAGACAUGGAAUUACAUGCUGCUGACCGAAUUGAUAGACAUAAAGGAACAACCACUAUGUUCCAUUUGGGCGAAGAAAGACUAUAAAGGUAAAGGUAGGGUGGACGCAUAUACAUUGACAUUAUUUCACGCUAUUUGCAAAGAUACAGUAUACGACGGAUACCUGAAAGAUUGCCCGGAAUAUGAGAAAUAAAACCUACUUUCUAAAGUGAA